AUGGCGGCGGGGGCGGGCAGCGCGGCGCUGGGGCGGGCGGCGCUGGCGGCGCCGCUGGUGCUCCUCUACUACGGCUUCUCCAUCGGCAUCACCUUCUACAACAAGUGGCUCAUGAAGAGCUUCCCCUUCCCGCUGCUCGUGACCCUGCUGCACCUCCUCCUCAUCUUCGGCCUCUCGGCGCUCGCCCGCGCCCUGGCGCGCUGCCGCUCCGGGCGGCCGCGGGCGGCUCUCUCCUGGGCCGACUGCCUGCGCCGGGCGGCUCCCGCAGCUCUGUCAACUUCCUUGGAUAUUGGGCUGAGUAACUGGAGCUUCCUAUACGUCACUGUCUCCCUCUACACGAUGACCAAAUCCUCUGCCAUUCUCUUCAUCCUGCUUUUUUCACUGCUCUUCAAGCUGGAGGAAGUGAGGGUGGCAUUGCUGCUGGUGGUUCUGCUCAUCGCUGGGGGGCUCUUCAUGUUCACCUACAAGUCCACACAGUUCAAUGCACAGGGGUUCGUGCUGGUGCUGUGUGCCUCUUUCCUUGGGGGUAUUCGCUGGACUCUCACGCAGAUACUUAUGCAGAAGGCUGAACUGGGGCUCCAGAACCCCAUUGAUAUCAUGUUUCACCUGCAGCCGCUCAUGUUCCUGGGGCUCUUCCCACUCUUUGCGGUGUUUGAGGGCCUGCCUUUGUCCAUAUCAGAGAAGCUCUUCCAUUUCCAUGAAGCAGGAAUGCUGUUCUCUCUGGUAGGGAAGCUGUUCUUGGGUGGAAUUCUUGCCUUUGGUCUAGGCUUUUCUGAGUUCCUCUUGGUUUCCAGAACAUCUAGCCUCACCCUUUCAAUUGCUGGCAUUUUUAAGGAAAUCUGCAUUUUAUUCCUCGCUACACGUUUGCUGGGAGACCGCCUCAGUCUCUUGAACUGGCUGGGCUUUGCUGUCUGUCUGUCAGGAAUCUCCCUUCAUGUCAUUCUCAAAGCCAUGAAUUCCAAAGGUGAAAAAGCACUGAAGCUACACAAAGAGGCCAGCUCUGACCCUGACCUGGAGCUGCUACUGCACCACGCUGAACAUGGUGAAGAGGAAGAAGAGGAUGUUGAAACCCUACAACAACACUGACUGGACAUGAAGCACAAAGCCCCCUGCUCUGUUCUUACCAAACCUGCUUGACAGCUAUCUAGGAGGAAGUUCCAAGAGUCUCUGUCUGUGACCACCCAAAGGAGAGCCAGGGCCUGGUGAGAGAGUCCUGCUGUUCUAAUGCAGUGUGGAUCUUUAGAUGCUGCACAAGAAACAGGCAAUAUCCCUUUCACAGAGAGCAAACUUGGAAGACAAACCCUGGUUCAGUGGAAUGGUGUGGUGAGACUGGGAAAUGCUAUGGAAGGCUUGUUAGGGAAUCCUCAAGGCUGUAUGUUGAGAGUGUAGACCAUGAGCUGUAGAAUGAGUGUGGACAUGUCUGGACUGCAGGCUGAGUGGUUCAGGGAUGAUGUUAGUGUUGUUUAGGCUUUGGCUUCAAAAGAGAAGGGUAGAUAAACCUUCCCAUACUUUAUGGUUCUGCUAAGUAGGAACUCCCAUCUUGGUGUGAGCAGAUGACUAUAUAUAAAUCCGUAGACUUGACCCAGUUAGAAGGAUCCUUUGUGCCUGGUGACCUCCAUGUUCUGUGUGCCUAGUAAGGAGAGAAUUAAAUGCUGGUAUUUGGGACCAAUUGACCAUAGCCAAAUUAUGUUGGUUGGAGGAAGGACAGGGAUGCAUGAGUACUUCUGGCCCUACAGGCCGAGGGGAGAGAGAGCAGUAUCGCAGGAGAUCUAGCUUGAGCAAUAAGCUUAUCAGAAAGUAUGUGGGUAUUUGAGGGGGAAUUUUUUGUUUUUUAAAUAAACUGUUUUUGUGAUUCCCUUUUGCCUGCACAUUACGCAGCUAUGCUUCAUCAAGCAGAGGUCAUUUGUCUUCUGAACUUUCUUUUUAGACCCACACUGACCUUGCUGCUGGAUGCCCAAUUAUUUUUUGAGGCCUGGCACAUAAAAUACUUGCCCACGAACAGGAUCCUUGAUCUCUAGGACUAGGUGAUCCUCCUGCAACCUGUCAUAUUUGUGUCAGCCAAGAGAGCAUACUGACUUGUCUGCCUUCAUGCGUGAACAAGACACCAUAUCCUAAGAAGACUUUCAGUAUUGUGGCUUUUUGUCGGAAUCUUAUCUCUUUGCCCCAUUUGAUUGGAUCACUUAGUGGUGCAGCCUUGCCCAGGAAAGGGGAAUGGUGCAGGAUUUAGGAUGUGUCUUUUUCCUUUCUGCUAAGCCACAAGUGGUGUUGGGCAGGUGGCUGGUUUUUUGCAUGGCAGAAUUUUUGCCUCUUUUAAAGUUUUGUUUGAUGCUAGCUUUUGGAGUUUUUGGAGUGGAAAAAACUUGAGAGAGCUUCCCAAAGGGAUAAUGGUGCGAUCUUUCUCCUGAGAGGAGCUGGCUAUUAAAGUGAACUUCUCAUAUUCUGUUGGAGAACCUGAACCAUUUUGACUGGACUGUCCCUAUGUUGAUCUUGCUUCAUAGUUUUCAGAUAUGAAAUCUUUCUUGAUGACUUUAAUCAAGAGUAUGUACUGGAAAAAACUGAAUCAUAGAAUUGUAGAAUAGCAGGUUGGAAGGGACCUCAAGGAUCAUCUGGUCCAACCUUUCUUGGCAAAAGCACAGUCCAGAAAAGAUGGCCUAGCACCCUGUCCAGCUGAAUCUUAGAAGUGUUCAGUGUUGGGGAAUCCACCACUUCUCUGGUUCUGAAGAAGGAAACUUUUGUUAAUAAUGAUCACCUUUAAUGAUGUUCUAAUAGACACUGGUAACUUGCUUAGGAGCAGACAGCAGGUGGUGCAACUACCUCACGUAAAGGUACUGAACCAGCAGUUCCAGGCCAGGCUGGCACACCAAGGGAUCUUCUGCAUCAAGUAGGAUGCCUGGAGCUGAGAAUGGCUUGGUCUGUCCCUAGCUGGAUUUUCCAGUAGCUGGGACUUGUGAUGCUUCCAGCAGGAUCCACCCUGUUUACCCUACUGAUUGGUAUAAGCCUCAAGUGCUAAAUACUCUGUACUUGAUGUGGGGCAGUGAUGCUUUCUGCAUGUGAUCUGUGUUUAGCAAUAUCACAGCUGCUCUUUGCAUUUCACUUUCCGCUCUCCUAGAACUGGACCUCGGGCAUCCUUCUACUGUGUAACUCUCAGACUGGGAUUUCAGGUCCCCGUAAAUCCAAGGUAAAGGUGACUUUGUUCACAGACCAGGAUUUGCACUACAUACGGUGACUGACGAUGAAAUCUGAUUGUGCCAGUGCAAGUGCUUGUGAACUGUGGAACCCUGUAGUCUGUUGUUUCCAGUCUCAUUUCCUCUUCAAGAUAGAGGGGAUGCCCUAGAACCUGGUGUCCACACUUAGCACUUCUGAUCUAGACACAACUUUUUCUUUUUGGCAACAAGUAUGACACUGUCGUUGACUCCAGUGAAGUGUGCUCAGAACAGCUUUUGGGACAGGCAGUUAGUUCUGCACCCUUCCCUGGAAAGUUGCCAGCUGCUUGCUUCCAGUGAGGCUAGGUAGAUACCUGUUUCCUUGUUCAGUAAAAUUUUGUUCUUUUCAGAGAUAAAGAUAAGAGAAACCUGGAAAUAAGAACAUAAAACUGUCUACUGCUUCCUGAUUUUGCCACAGCAUAUGGUACAGGUAGUCAGUCCGGUUUGCUUGUGAGACUGACUGGGCAUCAUUCAUCUGUCUUGGAAAGAAUCCUAUUCUAGUUCCUUCUAGUAUCCAGACAGGAAUGGCAGAGGACCUCUGUCCUAUUCCUGCCCAUGAAUUUUAAAAGCCCUUGUGCAGAGCUUGGUGAUAAUUAAUACUUAAUUUCCCCUUGAGAUUCAGUGGAGGAAGACGUUUUCCCCCCAGCCUUAUAAAUCCAGGUAGGGAUCUUGCAGUGCAAGGGGGUUCAUGGUAGGGCAUAUUCUGCAGGUGCUUCUGUGAUGAGCACACAGCAGGGAGACACUAAUCCAGCUCAUGCUGAAGUACUUCUGCUUUUCUGGGUCUGCAGUGCUGGGAUGGAAAGGUUUUUCACUCAGUGGCAGGUUGGGACUUGCUGAAGGUGGUCCUGCCUGGAACUCUAAUCCACAAGGUCCUCUGCUUCUGGGAAAGCAUUGCUGUUUUGCAGUCUUUAUAUGACUUUUCCCUGUGCAGUUCUCUCUGCAGGAACCUCACCGAGAUAGAGUUGACAUGCUAUGACUGCUUGCGUGCAGAACAGGCAGGGUCCAUAUUUUUGCCACUCCUCUCUCCCUUCAUCCCUCCAACACUUGACUUUGUAUGUCCCAACUUCUUUUAGGAGUAGUGCAGGAAGGAAGCUGCUUUGUAGCUGCCAGUAAGCACCCAGUAGCUCCUGUGGGGACCUCUUCUUUAAAAUGUUUUGUCUGGCAGGACUGCUGGCAGCAGCAGUGCUGUCACCAAUUUGAAGGCUUUACCUGGGACUCUGCCUUUAUCCCCAAAAUCCAAUCAGAAGGUCAGGACUAGAGCAGACCAAGUGUCAAACGAAUCAAAUGUUAAUUAGACCGUGUGUAAAUGUGGUUCUUUCUGACCAAGCACCUGCUGUGUCCUGGACCCAAGAGGUGACAUGGCUGAACAGGUAGCUGUGUCCCCAAUAUCCCUCUUAUUCCUACUGCAAUAUGUGUAAAAUGAAAGUGCUACAUCACCCCAGCAGAUACCGAUAGUCACGUUUAAUACUUCUGCUCAGCAUGGUAGAUGCUUCUGCACAGGCUAUGGAGCAGAGGUGACAGGACUUGGGAAUCCCAGGAGGGAGAAUGCUUUAAGGCUUUCCAAAAACUGCAGUGAUACUUCCCAUCCUCUCAAUUCCACCCUUUAUCUUUUUGUUCUACCCUGUGGGUGGUGGAGCUUAAGACCUUGCAGGGGCAGGGACUCUGGGUCGUUGCCUUUGCAGUUAGAGUCGGGAUUUUAAAUUAUGAUGUGCUUUAAAAUAAUUAAAAUGUAAAAACAUUU